GUUAGUAGCAUGUAUUAUAAGUAUACACGAGCGUUGUUAUAAUCGAAAUGCCAUUUCCAUGUUCUCCCAGCUGGAUUGAACGUCAUUGUGAUCGCGUAGGCGCUCAUGAUUACGUUCUUCUUCUUCUCUUUUUUGUUACGUGCACGAAAUUAUUUUUGGCUCGGUACUUAUUAGUGGAAUGUCAACCGUCGAGCUACGUCGUACUUGCAGACAGGCAAUUAUGGAUCGCUGGAUUGGUAGAACCGCAGUCGUUACCGGCGCUGCAUCCGGCAUCGGCGAAGCAAUUACGCGUGCUCUUCUGCGAAAGGGAGUGAACGUGGUCGCUCUGGAUAUGCAGAAAGAAAAAUUGGCGAGUCUCACCGAACUCGUCGCAAAGAAACAGGAAGAUUUUUUGGGUGUAUUGCGUCCUAUUCAUUGUGACAUAAGUGUCAAGAAGGAUAUUGAUGCAGCAUUUCAGCAGAUCGAUGCAUAUGGCGGUGUGGACAUUAUGGUCAACAAUGCCGGUGUCGUGAGUUAUUGUCGUGUAAUUGACAGCAACAGGGAGGAAUUUGAGAGGCUGUUAAAUAUUAAUGUCCUCGCAGUCGCCGUGUGCACCAACAAGGCAGUGUGCUCGAUGCGCGACCGAAAUGUCGAAGGGCACAUUUUCAAUAUCAACAGUAUUACGGGUCAUCAAAUGCUGCCGAAUCCUCUUUCAGAAGCCGAAGGUUUAAAUGGUUUUAAUAUAUAUCCCGCUUCCAAGCAGGCAAGUGUCUGUCUGACUAAUAUAAUAAGAAAAGAAAUAACGACAGUCAAGGCUCCUAUUCGAGUUACAAGUAUUAGUCCUGGUUUUGUAAAUACUGAUAUAGCUAAAAAGUGGAAAGAAAUGCAAGAGGUGCUCGACAAAAUGCCAUCUCUUGAGCCGGAUGACAUAGCGGAUGCGCUUAUUUACGCUCUCGGAACACGACCUGAAGUCCAGAUAACGGAGUUGACUGUGCAGCGCACCGGCGAAUGAAGAGCUUGUUUCAAAUGAAGAGCUUGAAUGUAAACUGACGAACAUUUUCAAUAGAAGGCGCCCGUUUUGGCGGAUAUCAACGACUUUACAAGAAAUUCAUGCCAACAAUAGAGGAAGAAACUCGGUCGCAACCUAAGCUUUCAUGUUGCAUUAUAUCAUACGAAUGUAAAAUUUUUUAUGCCCCUUUUGCAUAUAUUCUCGUGCUCGUGAUACGCUCCGUUUAACAUAGUUUUACUGGAACUAUUUCUUUUAAUAUAUAUAUACACGUAUAUUUCAAUAAAUGACAGCGCGGUUAAACAAUUCGCAAUAAAAAUGAGCAAACUA